AUGGUGCAGCAUAAAAUGAAAAAGAAAGUCUCUUUGCCAGGUGGUGUCAAACUGAAGAAGAAAGUAAAAUCCACAAAACGAGGCCCUAAGAAAGGUCAUCAGCUGACAAUUGCUCCGAAAAAGCCUGCCGCAAUACAACAAACUAAAUUUGAUUCUGAAAUAACACGGAUAAUAAACAACAAGAAUGAGCAGUCAAUAAAAGGCCGCGCAGAUAAAGAUGUCAGUCGAAAUACCUCCGCCUAA